CAAUUCAAGGGCAGCGAGACUCCGGCGGCCAGCGAUGGAUUCGGCGGGUUGUCCUUCUACUUUUCAAAUCAAUGGUCAGGUUAAGUCAAGAAUAGUGCUGGAAACAUGUGCUAAGUUGCAGCACGGUGAAAGAAAAUCCCAGUUGGAUAAGAAAUAUCUGUUAAGACCCCAAGUACCUCCAAAACCUGUUCAUCUUCAGCCUGCUGGACAGGAGAAGAUUCCUCCAGCACCAUCUAGGCCUUUACCAGCAGAUCCAAAGUCUUCAAGAACUCAAGUGCCUGAAGUAGAAGCCACACAUGCCUCAGCAGAUAUAAGCAGGCUUAUUGAAAAAUUUGAAGAGAUAAGGCAACCCACACAUGUUGGGCAAAGAAAUCAGAUUAAUUUAGUUUUUAAGAUGGAACAAGAACCAGAUUCUUCUAAACAGCAUUGCCCAAUCGUCUAUGAUUUGGUGGCUUCCAGCACUACAACAAAUGAAAAUAAAGAGUUGGAUGAGAGUGGGCCUAACAUCUUGGGUAGUCCUGAAGGGUCUAAUACAGAUCUAAUGAAAAUCAAAGAACUAAACAUAGAUGACACCACAAACACUGAAGAUUUUACUAAUGUGCCCAUCAGCAAAGCUUCUGUGGCAGUGCACAGCCAUAAGGACACAUCCAUUGAGAUGAAUAGCAAUGACAAAAUCCCUAACAGAGAUAGUGGAAUAGACAGUCCUUCUUGUAAUGUAGCAGGAGAGAAUUUUCCAAACGAGGAAGUUACAGAACAGAAAAAAACAACGGGAACUGCGGAUCUAGUUGAAAUGGACAAUGACAAAAAACCUGUCCUAUUUUCUGCCGGGGAACAGAAGAGAGAUUCUGCUCAGGAUGAAGACAGUGAUAUAGACGAGGGAAGUAGUGAAGAGCCGGAAAUAGCAGACAUCUCCAAGCUGGAAUGUAUAGAUGUUAACAAGUAUUCAGAACCACAAAAGCUGUUUAAUAUUGCAAAUGAACUUCUGCAUACAGAAGAAGCUUAUGUUAAUAGGCUUUAUCUUCUUGAUCAGGUUUUUUGCACUAAAUUGUAUGAGUCGGGAAUUCCACCUGAUGUGGUAACAGGAAUAUUUUCGAAUAUUUCUUCCAUAUAUCGGUUCCAUGAACAGUUUCUCCUUCCUGAACUCAAAACAAGGAUUACAGAUGAGUGGGAUAAAAAUCCAAGGUUAGGAGACAUCCUCCAAAAGCUUGCUCCAUUUCUGAAGAUGUAUGGAGAAUAUGUAAAGAAUUUUGACAGAGCAAUGGAUAUGGUAAACACAUGGAUGCAGAGAUCAUCUCCUUUUAAGGAUGUCAUCCAAAACAUACAGGACAGAAGAAGAAAAGAAAGAUUGGAUUCAGGUUAUUCAAGCAACAAUUGAAAAACAUAAACAGAACAGUGAAACAUUUAGGGCUUUUAAUAACUCCUUUUCUCAAGAGGAUGAGCACUUCCCAGAUUCAUCAAUAGUGAGCACCAGUUCCAUGGAAUCUAUGCCAGGAACAGACAGUAGCAGCAGCACAUCUGCAGGGCCCGAGUGCUGCAGAAAAUCUUCAAAAUCAAAAAGAGAUAAAGAAAAGCAAGCUUGCAAAAGUUGCAGUGAAAGCUUUAACUCCAUUACAAAAAGACGACACCACUGCAAACAGUGUGGGGCAGUUAUCUGUGCCAAAUGUUCUGAAUUUAAAACGCUUGCUGAUAAUAGUCGCCAAAACAGGGUAUGCAAAGAUUGCUUUCAAUUUCCAUCAGCAAACCUGUGCAUCUCAGGGACUGAAGGUGCAGGAGAACAAAGGAAAAAAAUAACCAUGGAGAAACAAAGCAUAUUGGGCUCAGAAAACAGUCUCUUCAGUAGUCACCUCCUGUUUCAUGAGAAAGGAAAGGGUUGGUGUAAAGUGUGGGUCACCAUUCCUAAGACAGAGCCUCUUGUCUUAUAUCUCCAAGGAGAAAACCAGGAUGGACGCAUUCCACGCAGCAUACCCUUGCUGGGAUACGAAGUUGACUUUCCACCUUCUGGUGAAAAGUUUGAAUCAAAAUACGUCUUCAAACUUUGCCAGUCCCAGCAGACAAUAUAUUUCAGUGCUGAAGAUGAAGACUUGCAAAUGAAAUGGAUGGAUAUUCUCACCAAAGCAGCUAAAGGGGACGUUCAUGAUCAGUGUGAGGAAACCAGCAAUCCCUAAUGUCAUUUCAUGUGAUCUUAAUCAUAAUAGGGGAUGGGGGGAGAAAAUCCACCUGAACUCUGAAUAUUCAUGGCACUUUGAAAACACACAUGGCUUUAUAUUUUGGUAUGUCUAUACAGAAACCGCAGUCAUUUCUCCCCCCCCCCCCAUCUUUUUCUUAUUCAUCACAUUUGGUACCAAUUGUCCAACAGCUAUGUCGUUAGUGUGUAUAAAUUGAUGUAGUUGCUAUGAGUGUUCAUAUUGCUAUUAAUGGUAAAGGGCGAAGGGGGGGGAAGCAUUCAUUUUAUCUAAGAUAAUUAGGAAGACAAUGGUUUCCUGUUCCCCUUGACUAUUUACUUUAUUCCUUUCAAUUGCUGUUUCAGUGAAGGAUGUGUAUAGUCUGUUACAGAUGUUCUGCCUCUAAGUAAAAUGUUGUACAAGGGCUUGUGGCUGGCCACUGAUGUGCUACUAUUCUCUGUUUUCUCUUGGAUCUUUUUUAAAUGGUCUCUUCUCUGCCAUAUAUGAUCAAAUGUAAGGGGGCUAUUUCUUUUGUUAACACUGACUUUUCUUGACAGGGUUUUUUUUCACAAGACUGUUUUUAAAGCUAUUGCAGAAGGCAUCUUGAAAGCUGAAAUAUCAGGCAUUUCUAUAUAUUUAUAUAUAAAUAUUUUUCCAUUUUUUGUUUUUUUUACAGUUUUACACUUACUUUUCUUAUUUCUUUAUAUCGCCUCUUUUUUAAUAUAUGCAAGCAAAUGUUUUUAUACUGCAACCUGGGAUGUUGCUGAUCAAUAAACAUUUUGGUACACCCAGGAAGGUAAACAGUUAGCUUUUUUUGAAUAAGGAUUUAUUUAUAUAAUUUGUAAAUAUCAUUUUAAACAUCUUUUUAAAAAUAUGUUCAUAUUACACUUGUAUAAAUUGAAUUUGUUUCCUGUGUCUUUUUUGUUGGCAAAUGUAUUUAUGUAUGCAAAUAAAGCCCAGUUUCACUGAUUCGUGUCCCUGU